AAUUUCCCUGAUUUAAGUUGGAUCAUCCGCGCCUCCCGGCCCUCCUCCCCCGCCCCCGGCCCGGGACCUCUCUCUCUCCCUCUAUCUGAUUUCAGGUUUGAUUGUUCCUCUCUGCUGAGCUCUCAAGGGGUAUUCUGGGUACUCCAUUUUUGGGGGCGAUUCGACUGAGGAAGUUAAAUAUUUACACAUAAGGAGUAUGUACUUAAGCUUGCUAAGUGUUAUUCUUCACAGUUUGCACUUAAGUUUGCCAAGUGUUAUUCUUCACAGUUUCAUCGGGUCUUGCGCUAGAACACAUUAAACGAUGGUGAAUGCUGUGGCUGUUCUUGGCAGCAAUGAGGGUGUCAGUGGGACUAUCUACUUCACCCAAGAAGCUGAUGGCUCUACAACAGUAACUGGAAAUAUUUCUGGCCUUAAGCCUGGUCUCCAUGGCUUCCAUGUUCAUGCACUUGGGGACACAACAAAUGGUUGCAUGUCAACUGGACCACAUUUCAAUCCUGCUGGCAAAGAGCAUGGUGCUCCUGAGGAUGAGAAUCGGCAUGCUGGUGAUCUUGGAAAUGUCACUGUUGGUGAUGAUGGGACAGCCAAGUUCACAAUAAUUGACAAGCAGAUUCCACUUUCUGGACCAAAUUCCAUUAUUGGAAGAGCUGUUGUUGUCCAUGGAGAUCAGGAUGAUCUUGGCAAGGGGGGACACGAGCUUAGCAAAAGCACCGGAAAUGCUGGUGGCCGAGUAGCUUGUGGUAUAAUUGGUCUGCAAGGAUGAGCUGCUGCUCCCAAAACCGUUCAUCUAGUGUGUAGCAUUAUCUCCUGCAAGUAGGCUUGUGAAGGACUUCCUGAGUUCUCUUCUAAAUAAAUGACAAACCUUUGCGUUGGGUCUGUAUUUGUGAUCUAAAAUUGGGUGCUUGUGCUUUGUUUCCUUUUCAUGUAAUGCCGACCUCUUUCUUAUCAAUAUUACAUAAUGUUGAACAAAUUUUCAUUCGCCUUA